GGGGUGAGGAUGGAGGGAGACUGGGCCGGGAGACCGGGUCGGACCGGGCCCGUCGGCCUGUGCUGGGCUGGGCGGAAGCCAAGACCGCUGUGGGGACGGCGCUUUUUCCUCUGCCCCGCCCCCCGGGACCACUUCCCCUCCCCCCUGCUGUCCUGCGGCCGCUGUCUGGCCAGUGGCCGUUAGCUAGGCUUCCCGAGGCCGUUCCGUCAGGCCUUCUUCUCCCGAGCAGCUUUGAGGUCGUCUCGCUGCCAUCGCAGCAGGCCCCAUCUCAGCGCCUAGUUUUACUUUUCCACGGGGGAAAAAGGUUGGUUGGGAUUCCGGGACUUUCCCGCCAGAGCAGGGUCCUCUCUCAAGGGAGAGCCCUUUUCAUUGGGAAGCCCGGCGUUCUAUCACACCUGCUUCACCUCUCGCCUUCCCUGAGACCUGAAUGAUAUUUCUCGCCUACUUCUGCGUCUCACGUAAACAGUUUUCCAACUCUUGUACUCUGUGGUAUCUCCCUGAGAUGUGCUAUCGCUAGUGCCACCACCAGAAAGAAACGUCUGGACCCUCCUGCCCAGGUUAUGAAAUCCCCCUUGCCUGCCACAGCUCGCUUACCUGGCUCAUCGCCUCCUGGACUUUGUGUCUGUGCUGAAGUCAGUGAUGUGAAAAGACCUGACAUGGAUGAUAUUGCUGAUAGGGUGAGGAUGGAUGCUGGAGACGUAACUUUAGUGAACCACAACUCCAUCUUCAAAACCCACCUCCUGCCCACAUCAGGUUUUCCAGAGGACCACCUUUCACUUUCUGACCAGCAGAUUUUACCUUCCAGGCAAGGAAAUUUGGACCGAUCUUUUACAUGUUCCACAAGAAGUGCAGCUUAUAGUCCAAAUUAUUACUCAGAUAACCCUUCCUCAGACAGUUUUCUUGGCUCAGAUGACUUAAGAACCUUUGGUCAGAGUGCAAAUGGGCAGUGGAGAAAUUCCACUCCAACAUCAAGCUCAACUUUACAAAAAUCAAGAAACAGCCGGAGUCUUUACCUUGAAACCCGAAAGACCUCAAGUGGAUUAUCAAACACUUUUACGGGAAAAUCAAACCAUCACUGCCAUGUAUCAGCAUAUGAAAAAUCUUUUCCUAUUAAGCCUGUUCCAAGUCCAUCUUGGAGUGGUUCCUGUCGUCGAAGCCUUUUAAGCCCUAAGAAAACUCAGAGACGACAUGUUAGUACAGCAGAAGAGACAGUUCAAGAAGAAGAAAGAGAGAUCUACAGACAGCUGCUACAGAUGGUUACAGGGAAACAGUUCUCUGUAGCCAAACCCACCACUCAUUUUCCUUUACACCUAUCUCGAUGUCUUAGUUCCAGUAAGAAUACAUUGAAAGACUCACUGUUUAAAAAUGGAAACUCUUGUGCAUCUCAUAUCAUUGGCUCUGAUACUUCAUCAUCUGGAUCUGCCAGCAUUUUAACUCCCCAGGAACAGCUUUCCCACAGUGCAUAUUCCCUGUUGUCACAUACCCCAGAUGUGGUUGCAUUUGGAUCCAAAGAUUCUGACCCUUGCCAUCAACCCCACCGUCACCACUCUAUUCCACAUCAGCCAGAUAACUUACCAGCAUCAAAUACACAAUCUGAAGGAUCAGACUCUGUGAUUUUACUCAAAGUGAAAGAUUGUCAGACUCCAACUCCCAGUCCUACUUUCUUCCAGGCAGAGCUAUGGAUCAAAGAAUUGACUAGUGUUUAUGAUUCUCGAGCACGGGAAAGAUUGCGCCAAAUUGAAGAGCAGAAAGCGCUGGCAUUACAGCUUCAAAACCAGAGAUUGCAGGAACAGGAACAUUCAGUACAUGAUUCAGUAGAACUGCAUCUUCGUGUACCUCUUGAAAAGGAGAUCCCUGUUACAAUUGCCCAAGAAAUAGAAAAAAAAAGUCAUAAAUUAAGUGAUAGUGAAGAUGACUUUCCUGAAAUUACAGAGGAAAUGGAGAAGGAAAUAAAGAGUGUAUUUCGUAACGGGAACCAAGAUGAAGUUCUCAGUGAAGCAUUCCGCUUGACCAUUACACGGAAAGAUAUUCAAACUCUAAACCAUCUAAAUUGGCUAAAUGAUGAGAUCAUCAAUUUCUACAUGAAUAUGCUAAUGGAACGAAGUAAAGAGAAGGGAUUGCCAAGUGUACAUGCAUUUAACACCUUUUUCUUCACUAAGUUAAAAACGGCUGGUUAUCAGGCAGUGAAGCGUUGGACAAAGAAAGUGGAUGUAUUUUCUGUUGACAUUCUUCUGGUGCCCAUUCACUUGGGUGUGCACUGGUGUCUAGCUGUUGUGGAUUUUAGAAAGAAGAAUAUUACCUAUUAUGAUUCUAUGGGUGGAAUAAACAAUGAAGCCUGCAAGAUACUCUUGCAAUACCUAAAGCAAGAAAGCAUUGACAAGAAAAGGAAAGAGUUUGACACCAAUGGCUGGCAGCUUUUCAGCAAAAAAAGCCAGGAAAUUCCACAGCAGAUGAAUGGAAGUGAUUGUGGGAUGUUUGCCUGCAAAUAUGCUGAUUGUAUUACCAAAGACAGACCAAUCAAUUUCACACAGCAACACAUGCCAUACUUCCGGAAGCGGAUGGUUUGGGAGAUCCUCCAUCGAAAGCUCUUGUGAAGACUGUCUCAAUGAGAACACAUUGACCCUACUGGGGACCAGCCCUUUGUUGUCUGCAGCCAGAGACCUUGGAAACAACUGCUCCCAACCCUCUGUUCUUAUAAAGCCCUUGAUCCUGGACCAGGCCCAGGCGAGAUGCAUUCACAAGCACAUCUGCCUUUCCUUUUGUAUCUCAGAUACUAUUUUUGCAAAGAAACUUUGGUGCUGUGAAAGGGGUGAGGGACAUCCCUAAGUUGAAGAGAAGACUGCUUUUUUACUUCUUCAGUUCUGCCAUCUUGUUUUCAAAGGGCUCCAGCCUCAUUGAGUUUCUAAUUAGGGGACUGAGGGAAGCUUGGAAAGAAUCUUGGUUUCAUACAAACUUCUGUUGCUAGGCCUUACUAAGAAGUAGGAAAGAGUAUGGGCAAUAGGUAGGGACAAAACCACCAGCAAAUACAUGCACAUAUACAUGCACACAUGAUAUUCAAUAUGUAUAGUCAGGAAUGUGACUAUAAACUAGACUUUGGGGCAUGUGCAUAAGUCCCCCUCCUCCAGGACCCUUCUUAUUUAUAUGCCCCUGUGUAAAAUCGAAGUACUUCUCUACAAAGCUAUUUUUUCAUUGGUGGCUUCAUCCCAUCCUGAGGCACAGCACAUGAGCCCUGGGCAGACCCCAAAGUUGCAAGCAGUCCUUAAGAGCAGGGGUUUGAGUGUGCUAGCAGCACAUGCCAUGGAAAGACCCACCCAGGGAGGGUUCAGUAGAGCAACAAAACCCCACUUUGACUGUUGCCUACUUCUGACCAAGAAGAAGAAGGACCUCAGUCUUCACAUAAAAUUCCAGCCUUGGAUGAAUACAGGUCUAGUUGGUCUGUGGCUAGUUAGUUUAACUAUGUUUCUGACCACAGAGAAUUUAAUAUAUAUACAUAUAUAUAUAUAUAUAUAUAUUUCACAGGAAUAUGCUUUUUAAAAAAAAAGACUGAAUGUGUUCACCAUUUAGCCUGUAGAUUUAUUUUCAUUUUCCAAAUUCCAGCACACAGAGAUCCCAGCCCCUAUGUAUGGGGUGUUGUGGACUUCCUGACAGAAUUAUUUUGAGGCCUGGAUGAACUUUGGCUUAGGGGUAAAGGUUUUCGAGAGAUAGGAGAUUUUUGAACUGAAAAAUGGGUGGUGUACGGACUGAUGAACUUGAGAUAAAAACUUCUAUUCCUUUUGUUCUGUCUAACAUUUCUCCCACCCUUUGAGAGCUCCUAAGGUUUAGAUAGUGAAAUGAUCCAAUGCCAGUGUCAUUUUGUACUUAAGUUCCAAAAUUGGAACAUUUUAUACUUUUUUCUGUAUUGUAAUAGGUAGUUUUGUAUAAAAUCCUUUCUCCUCUCCCCUUGUUCCCCAUCCUUUCCAGCAUUGUGCUUUCUCCUUAGGCUUAUUUGAAAAUUCUACUCUGUUUUAUACCAAGCUUGUUUAGUACAUUUUUCUAUGUUUUACCAUGUUACAAUUUGAAAAGAAAAUUAUUUUUUUUAAAUAUUCCAUUGUUAACUGAAUGUUACUGUUUUCACUCCAGCAACCAGUUGUCCUACCUUUCGCAUAACUGCCUGCUUUUUGGAGGAAGACCACCUUUUAUGUGUUUGUUUUUACUU